GGGAAGUGGGGAGCGCGUCCCUCGCCCAGCACCUGACACCCGUGGGGGCCAUACUUCGGAGGAAAGAAAAACCAGUUGUUCCCCAGGGCCAGUCCACUGAGACUGAAUUGAAGUCUGUAGCUUGGAAAGACAUUCAGCAGUAACCUCCAAAUUACAAAAUGACUACCCUGCCCCCACUGCCUGUGCCACGCCCAAAGCUUACAUCUCUAGCCAGACAGAAGCUGCCAUGCUCUCCCACCUCAAUUCCAAGGUCUCAAUUGAUCAAAGAAAAAGAGGACAUAGAUCAUUACCUGGAGGUGAAUUUCAAAGGGUUGUCAAAAGAGGAGGUUGCUGCCUACCAGAACUCGUACACGAAGAACAUCUGUGUGGACAUGCUGCGGGACGGCUAUCACAAGUCCUUCACCGAGCUCUUCGCCCUGAUGGAGAAGUGGGAGGCCCUCAGGGAGAGGGCCAGGAGCAGGUCCCUCCUCUGGUCACAGAGACCCCUGGAGGAGCAGCCCGAUAAGCUGGAUCACUUCUACUACUACCUGACCAGGGCUGAGGUGGCUGAGAGGAAAGGAUACUUUGAAGAUGUCUAUAAUAACCUGUACGCUCUGGCCUGUUACUUCAAUAAUUCUGAAGACAAGUGGGUAAGGAACCACUUCUACGAGCGAUGUUUUCAGAUCGCCCAACUGAUCAAAAUCGACGGCGGGAGGAAAGAAGCCGAGGCGCACGGGCACAUGGGACUCCUCUUCGAGGAAGACGGUCAGCUCCUGGAAGCUGCCGAGCAUUAUGAAGCAUUCCAUCAAUUGACGCAAGGGCGGAUAUGGAAGGAUGAGACAGGCCACUUUCUCAACUUGUUGGCCUGCGAGAGUCUCCUGAGGACUUACAGAUUACUCUCAGACAGAAUGCUGGAAAAUAAAGAUUACAAGCAGGCCAUCAGAAUUCUAAUAAAAGCUUCUGAAAUAGCCAAAGAAGGAAAUGACAAAAAGAUGGAAGGCGAAGCUUCCUAUUACUUGGGCUUGGCACACUUGGCUGCUGGAGAGUACGAAACAGCAUUGACAGUCCUCGGCACUUACAGCAAAGUCUCCACAGAGCUGGAGGAUGACCUCAACCUGGCGAGAGCCUACGAAGCCAUAGCCAAGGUCCUGCAGAGCCAAAAAAACACAACGGAAGCAAUUAAAUACUUGAAAGAGGUUGUGAACAUCGCAAGGAACAAUUUUCGGAGCCUCGAUGUUGUGAAAGCCAGCACAAUGCUUGGGGACAUCUACAACGAAAAGGGAUACUACAGUAAAGCCUCUGAGUACUUUCAGCAAGCUUUUGACACAGCAGCAGAGCUCGCCAGCACCCCUCUCAUGGAUGAGACGAAGGUGCAUUACGGAAUAGCCAAAGCUCAUCAGAUGAUGCUGACAGUGAACAGCUACGUAGCGUCUGCAGACCUCCCCGGCCUUGACCACCUGCUGUCGUGGAAGGAGGGCAGAAGCGACAUCACUCCUGAUCCUGUUGUGGAAGAGUCUAGAAGAGCCACAUUGGAAAGUUUAUAUCAAACCUCAGAGCAUUUAGAAGAAGAACUCGAUAAUCAAAAAAAUGAGACUUAAGCCAGCUUUUGACUUAGCAACAAAGCAAGAAGAAAUUUAUUGUGUCACCCAAGUCUUCAGUUAUCUGUAUAGGAGUAUGUUACAAAUAAUACAGCUAGAGUUAUAAUAAAACUAUGACUGUGUUUUCAUUGGAUUUUGUAUUGCAGUACACUACUACACAUUUUGUCUAAAACAUCUAACUCCAUGAAAAUAAAAUAUGUCCCAACUGCUUUAAUAUUAACACUUAUCCAUAAAAUAAACUAUAUUUUUUUCCUUUUAACCACUAUUCCACAAGAAUAAUGAGGCACGAGUGUCUUUUUAAAUUUAAUCUUAAGUUCCUUUAAAAAUGUUUGGAGCCCUGACUGGUGUGGCUCAGUUGGCUCGACCUCACCCCACAAAGCGAAGGGUUACAGGUUUGAUUCUUGGUCAAGGUACACGCCUGGG